GGAAGUACACACAGAAAUAUAGCAGAGGAAAGAGCAAAGAAGCUGGACCUGAAAGUGCAGCCACGGGACGAAAGUCAAAGAUAACAAUGUCCUUAACCGUUUUGACGUCCGCUUACAGACUGAGGUCCAUCUGCAGACUGCAGCGGAUCCAGAGCCACAUGAUGUCGAGUCAGGUCGAACCAGGGGUUCUUCUGGAGAAAGUGGGCAGCGCAGGUGUGAUCACCAUAAACAGACCCAAAGUCCUGAAUGCACUGAACCUGCCCAUGAUCCGUCAGAUCUACCCUCAGCUCAAGAAAUGGGAAAAUGACAACGAGACCGCCAUUGUGAUCAUCAGGGGAGCAGGGGGGAAAGCCUUCUGUGCCGGUGGAGACAUCCGAGCGGUCACAGAAGCGGGGAAAGUUGGAGAUCCUCUUGCAGAGGACUUUUUCCGUGAGGAAUACAUUCUCAACAAUGCUAUUGGAACAUGCAGGAAACCAUACAUCGCCCUUAUUGAAGGAAUAACAAUGGGUGGGGGCGUAGGUCUGUCAGUUCAUGGACGGUUUCGAGUGGCCACUGAGAAGACGCUGUUUGCCAUGCCAGAGACCGCCAUUGGGCUUUUCCCUGACGUGGGAGGUGGCCAUUUCCUGCCGAGGCUCCGAGGGAAGCUGGGACUGUUUUUGGCCUUGACGGGCUUCCGUCUCAAGGGGCGUGACGUGCAGAGGGCUGGAGUUGCCACUCAUUUCGUCGAGUCUAAGAAGAUUCCAGAACUGGAGACGGCGCUGGUGGACUUGAAGUCUCCCUCUGCUGAAGACGUCUCCAGAGUGCUAGAUUCCUACCAGAGCCAGAGUAGUCUGGAUUCUGAGAAGCCCUUUGUGUUGGACAAGCACAUGUCUGAUAUUGACAGGCUGUUCAGCUCCAGCAGUGUGGAGGGCAUCGUGCAGAACCUGAAGGCAGAUGGCUCCGAGUUCGCUAACAAACAAGCCGAGACACUGUCCAGGAUGUCUCCCAUGUCCCUGAAAAUCACCUACAAGCAGCUGAAGGCGGGUGCAACUCUGAGCCUGCAGGACGUGUUGGUUAUGGAGUAUCGGCUGAGCCAGGCCUGCAUGAGGGGCUGUGACUUUUACGAGGGUGUACGAGCCGUGCUGGUUGACAAGGACCAGAAUCCCAAGUGGAACCCGUCGACGCUGGAGGAGGUGUCUGAGCAGGCCGUGGAGCAGUGCUUCUCCUCCCUGGGAGACAAAGACCUGACUUUCUGAUGCUUCCCACCUUCAAACACACACCGCUAAGCCUUGGCCUCCUGCCCCCACAUCCUUUCAUGUGUGAGGACUGCACUGCUGAGGAUGAAAAAAAAGUCUGUUAAUUUACUGUGGUAACAUUUUACAGGAAAAUCCAGGCAGCUGAAGAACAGGUUUGACUGGAAUCUAAAAUAGUAGACUGCGCAGUGGAAGUGGAGUGUUUUUAAAAUUAAUGUUUUACAUAAGCAAUGACUCUCUUCUGCUGCAAAUGCAAGGAAUGUGGCGCACAGCAGCAUUAACAUGAGGACAUGGGAGGAGAAACUGAUCCCACCACUGAGUGCUUUAUUGCGUUUCCUGUGGGAGUUUGUUGAUGUGACAUGGAUAGCUAUCAUCUGGAUUUCUGCAGUGUGGUCACUUUUUGGUCUUUUUCCAGUGUUUUUCUUCUCAGUGGUAUUUGUAGUUUUUCAGAUGUAACAUGGAUGAAAAAGGGGAUUCUUUGACAUAUCCAAACACUCCCAGGACGAGGAAGAUUUAGAAGUAUAUCGAUAUUGGUUCUGAAUCCAUUUACAUGACUGUUACAUCGCUUGCAUGUUACACUGCAGUCAACCUCAUCUGAUGAACAAAUCACUGUUUUUUAGUAGGUAUCACGUCAUAUCCCUAACAUUAAUUCUGAAUAGCUGCACUAUUUAUGAGACAACCAUUCAGAUUAGACAUCCAUGCUGGAACAGAGGGCAAUAAACUAUUGGUAACGUAAUAUCAAA